AAAAUUGCAGAGUCGAUUCUCAUUUCUCCUUCACCUCGCACCUUAUUCAUUGCCCUUACGGGAGAAAAAUCCCUGCUUUUCUUCUUCCUCCUUCGAACUCCUAUAGAUUUUAUCUAUUUGUUUGAGAUUGAAGCCUGAGGAUAAAUGGGUCCAGGUCUUUAUUUGGAUAUUGGCAAGAGGGCAAGAGAUCUUCUCUACAAGGACUAUCUUACGGACCAGAAAUUUUCUCUGACGACUUACACUGCUACGGGAGUUGCAAUUACUGCAACAGGCACGAAGAAGAAUGAACUGAUCCUUGGUGAGAUACAGUCACAGUUGAAGAACAAAAACUUUACUGUUGAUGUUAAAGCAAACUCAAACUCAACUCUUUUGACAACUUUCACAGUGGAUGAGCUAUCUACACCUGGUUUGAAAUCAAUACUGAGCUUUGUUGUUCCAGAUCCCAAGUCAGGAAAGAUCGAGCUGCAAUACCUGCAUGACAAUGCAGGGGUUGCUGCAGGAUUUGGGUUGAGUGCAAAUCCAAACGUUAACUUUUCAGCCGUGAUCGGAUCUAAGACUCUCGCUCUUGGAUCAGACGUAUCUUUUGAUACAGCAUCAGGGAAUUUCACUAAGUACAAUGCUGGGAUCAGCUACAACAGUUUGGAUUUCAGUGCUUCCUUGACAGUGAAUGAGAAGGGAGACCAGUUAAGUGCAUCUUAUUACCACCUGGUGAACCCUUUGUUAAGCACAGCUGUGGGUGCCGAGUUCGCUCACCGUUUCUCGACUGCCGAGAGUACCCUCACAUUUGGGACACAGCAUGCUUUGGAUCCUAUAACCUUGGUUAAGGCGCGGAUUAACAACUACGGAAAGGCGAGCGCAUUGAUCCAGCAUGAGUGGAGGCCUAAAUCAUUCGUCACUAUUUCGACGGAGGUAGACACCAAAGCAAUCGAGAAAGGUUCUAAGGUUGGCCUCUCCUUGGCCCUGAAGCCCUGACAGCAACUCUUUUUGAAAAUUUAAUCAUGUGCUUUCAUCUUCUUGCCUUGAUUGGUGUCAUGCCAUUAAAAUGCCAAGGACUGGAGAUUACAUCAUGUUAACUUGACAAACAAUCUGUCCACUGUUUCUUUUGCUUUUGACUAGCUUUGAAAUUUCAAAGUUUUUUGCAGUCUGCUUUGGCCUCUUUUGGUAGAGAUGAGAAAACGAGGGCAGGUUUUGUGCUGGAGCAAUAAUUACAUGACUCAGAUUUUUUGA